CAAAACCGGACGGGCUGUACAGUUUCUGAUAGCGUCCAGUAAAAACAAAUGGCGUGGAGAUCUUCCUUGCAAAGAACUGCCCUGCUGGCUAACAAAAGAGCCACUUUGACGGCAGUCGUCAAUCAUCAACAGGUGGCAUUGAGUAAUUUGGUUUCGCCGGCCCGCGAGACUCAGCCAUUAACUGCUGGCGAUGUUGCCAAUAACAGCCGGAUCGAAACGAACAUGGUCAGUUCUCGUCACAGCGAUUGCCCGCUUCACGGAAUGACGAUGGUGCAUCGCUUUUUCGACAACGUCAGCCGUUACAGCAAACAAAUCGCUCUGGAGUGCGGCAUUACGGGACGCAAAUACACGUACGAAAUGCUGGCUCACCUCAUCCGUCGGUACGGGAGUGCGUUGACGCGUGCGGGAUUCAAGAAAGGCCAAGUGAUGGCGAUCGUUUCGCCCAACGUUCCCGAAUUCGCCAUCGCACUGCUCGGUGCGUCUGCUAUCGGCAUGCCCGUCGCAUUGGUCAAUCCCACCUUCACGCCAGCUGAAAUAGCUCGCCAACUGUCUACCGUUGGAGCGACGGCUGUCUUCGGUGUUGCUCCCAUGGCCGAGUUACUCAAACAGGUGGCUCAACUUUGCCCGUCCGUCCGGCGCGUCAUCUUGCUCGGCCCUCCUCAAGAAGGAUUCGUCUGUUUUCAAGAGAUGCUGCAGGAUAGCGGAGAUCUCUUUAACGAGAACGUAGACAUUGACGUUAUGAAUGACACGUUCGUACUUCCCCAUUCGAGCGGCACUACCGGAGUGCCGAAAAAUGUAAUGCUUACUCACUUCAACGUUGGCUCUAACGUUACGCAGAACAUUCAUCCCGGCACGUCCAGGAAUCAACUGGCAACAGAUCAGUACCAAGAAACGCACAUUUGUCUGCUUCCUUUCUUUCACUCUUACGGCGUCAAUGGCAUCAUGAUGAUCGGCUUUGAUUUGGGGGCCAGACUUGUCACUUUGCCCCGUUUCGACGCAGCUAGUUACCUCAAAGCUAUAGAUGAUUACAAGCCAACUCUGCUGCACAUUGUACCGACUCUAGCCUACCUGUUCAUUAAGCAUCCGGCCCUGAAAAUGGAUGGCUUCGAGAGGUUGCACACCAUCUUCUGCGCGGCAUCUCCACUCGGAGAGAAAACGGCUACCCAAUUGCAAGAGAAAUUCAAUAGGCCGGACCUUCUGAUUCAGCAAGGUUACGGACUGACGGAGACAUCGCCCGGAGUGGCACAGACGCCUUUGAAUAACGACACGUUCGGUUCUUGCGGCCGUCUCAUAUCGCGAACCAAAGCUAAAGUCAUCGAUUUAGAGGAUGGCGUGACCACACUCGGACCUAAUCAGCAAGGAGAGCUUUACCUGGCCGGCCCGCAGAUCAUGAAAGGAUAUUACAACGAACCCGAAGCCACCAAGGAAAUGAUUAGCGAAGACGGUUGGCUACGUACUGGCGAUGUGGCCUAUUACGACGAUGAAGGCAAUUUCUACAUCGUCGAUCGAUUGAAAGAGCUCAUCAAAGUCAAGGGAUUCCAGGUUGCUCCGGCCGAACUUGAGGACAUUCUUGGAACGCAUCCGGCAAUAGCCGAAGCUGCCGUUAUCGGCAUCCCCGAUGAACAUGCAGGUGAACUUCCUCGAGCCUACGUCGUCAAGAAAGCUGGAAUGGAAUCCGUUAGCGACGCAGAGAUUCGAUCUUUCGUGGACACUAAAGUCUCGUCUCACAAACAAAUCAAAGGUGGCGUCCAGUUCUGUGACGCCCUUCCUAAGAACAACAUGGGCAAGGUCCUUCGGCGUGAGUUGAGAGCUCAAUUCAGUCAAUCGAAAUAAUUUUCAAAAAAAAAGCCCAUUUAUCGAGAAGCAUGGAGUCAUUUCCCCGAUCUCGCUAAUAUUAUCUAUAUUCAAAACAAAACAAAUUGUAUGCAUAAUAUUCUCAUAAUUUUUUUUAUCUCAUUUUGGUUUGUAACGAACGCUGCAAGUCAUACGUGUUGCCUACCAGCUACGGGAUUAUUCAAAUAUAAUGCUCCAAAGUCAA